UCUACACACUACACACAAACGAAACUUGUCAACAUUGCCUCAGCUUUCGUUUCGACUGCUGGGCAAGACAGACAAGAGACCGUGCAAGAUGUUUGCUGUGUUUCUGGUUACAAGCAUUAUUUUGGCGACAUCGACGAUUUUAUUCAGUAUCUUUCAGUCAAUCCAAAAUGAUCCGUAUAUGGACGAAGUGUUUCACGUCCCCCAGGGACGUCACUAUUGUCACCACAACUUUACUCAUUGGGACCCAAUGAUCACUACAUUACCUGGACUGUACCUUUCCUCCGUUGUGAUCCUGAGUCCUUUGGCAUGGGUGAAGCAAGUGGAUUUGCUGUCAGUGUGCUCAACUCAGAAUCUCAGGGCCUGCAACAUACUUUUUAACCUGGGAAAUUUUCUGUUGCUCUACCAACUUUCAAGAAGACUUCAGGAUAGAAAGGACAGACACAAAAAGGUUCAGCAUUUGAUGAAUGCCUGCGUGCUGACCUUGUUCCCUGUGUUGUAUUUUUUCACCUGGUUCUACUACACCGAUCCUGGAUCAACCUUCUUCACCCUGCUCAUGUACUCUCUCUGCCUGGGACAAAAACACUUUCUGGCUGCCUUGAUUGGUUGCAUUGCUAUAGUAUUCAGGCAGACCAAUGUUAUAUGGGUACUGUUUUGCGUGGCCAUUGCUAAAAUUGAAGUACUGGAACAGUUUUUGAAGAGUAAGAAAUUAGUGAGGGAGAAUUUCCAUAGCUUAGAAGAUCUACAUGCUUUCAAACUGAUAGUGAAAGCUGUAUUUGAGAGCCCAUCAACAUGUUUAACGGUCAUAAAGGAUAUUAUUUGCAAAGUAUUUUGGUACUUAUGUGUGUUGCUAGCUUUCGCUGUGUUUGUGUACUUAAAUGAAGGAAUUGUUGUUGGAGACAGAAAGCAUCACCAAGCAGUCCUCAAUUUUCCACAGGUUUUUUAUUUUCUCGCUGCCUCAGCAGUAUUUUCCUUUGUACAUCUUAUUUCACCAAUGAAAAUAAAAAUUUUUCUCUGUGUGGUGCUUAAGAAUCCAGUAAAAUUCCUGCUGUUUACUUCGGUAAUGGUGUAUCUUGUCAGAACUUUCACUUAUGAGCACAAGUAUACCUUGAGCGACAACAGACAUUAUACGUUUUAUGUUUGGUCCUAUAUAUACAGACGGCAUGACAUGGUAAGAUAUGCUUUAAUCCCUGGGUACAUCUUCUGCCUGUAUCAGUUUUAUUCUUUGACAAUCCACAAAGGUUUGCUGUGGCGGGUCACCAUGAUCAUUUGUCUGUUGGCUGUCCUUGUGCCCCAAGCUCUGUUUGAAUUCCGCUACUACAUAGUUCCCUUUUAUAUCGUCAGGCUGAACAUGAGGCUUCCUUGCUCAAAGCUGCUGUUUGUUGAAUUGUUAUUUUACGUUUUGAUAAAUGCAUUCACAGUUUAUAUGUUUGUAAAAAGACCAUUUUUCUGGCCUAAUGAGGCAUCACCCCAGAGGUUUAUGUGGUGAAUAUCAAUAAAUUUAACAUGUCAUGAAACUA